CAAUCCCACUCAUUUGCUUUCGGAAAAGCGAUGUGUCACACACCUGACCCACUCGCCUCUUUCUACUCUAAGUUCAGCUCGUGUCGCGUUCUGGUCCGAUCACCACCGUGUGAUGUUCGCUCUUGUUUUGACGGAAGCAUAAGCUGAAGUCGGCGCAGAGGGACAAAGUGCGGCAGUUCAUGUCCGUCACCCAGGCGGGCGAGAAGACGGCGGUCUACUGCCUCACACAGAAUGACUGGAAGCUGGAAGUGGCCACCGACAACUACUUCCAGAACCCAGACCUAUACUGCAAGGAGUCCAUGAGGACGUCCGUCGACCGCAAGAAGCUGGAGCAGCUCUACAAUCGCUAUAAAGAUCCCCAGGACGAGAACAAGAUCGGGAUCGAGGGCAUCCAGCAGUUUUGUGACGACCUCACGCUGGACCCGGCCAGCAUCAGCGUUCUGGUGGUGGCGUGGAAGUUUCGAGCCGCCACCCAGUGCGAGUUCACCAAGAAGGAGUUUCUGGACGGCAUGAGCGAGUUGGGGUGUGACAGCAUCGACAAACUCAAGGCCAUUUUGCCAAGAUUGGAACAGGAGCUGAAAGACAGCCUGAAGUUCAAGGACUUCUACCAGUUCACCUUUAACUUUGCCAAAAAUCCCGGGCAGAAGGGUUUAGACUUGGAGAUGGCCGUAGCUUACUGGAACCUGGUUCUGUUAGGAAGAUUUAAGUUCCUCGAUCUUUGGAAUAGAUUUCUUUUGGAACACCAUAAACGCUCCAUCCCUAAAGACACAUGGAACCUGUUAUUGGACUUUGGUAACAUGAUAGCAGAUGACAUGUCCAACUACGAUGAGGAGGGGGCGUGGCCAGUCCUCAUAGACGACUUUGUGGAAUUUGCUCGACCGAUUGUAACAGGAACAAAACGUAAAACUCUCUAAGAAAAAAGACUGACUGUUUCUUUUACAGCGACGACAUAGUUCCCUGGGGUUUGUUUUGGAAAAAAGUUACAAAAAACAUAGUGGACUUGGCAAAGGACAACAGAAGCACUUGAAAUUAUCAACAGUGAGAAGCAGCCUCCUUUUUUUUUUCCUACCCUGUUGCCACUUCGCCGGAGUCCUCUCUGGCUCCCCCUGUUGGAUUCUCGCUCUCCUACAUCCGCACUGCGCUACGGGUCGGAGGCUGACACAGCACAGGCAGAACACAGGCCGUGACCUGGCUGAUUGUACGAAAAAGAAGAGUUUUUUUUCCAAGCUUGCUCAAAACUAUGACUUGUGGACAGGGUGCUCGCAACACCACCAGCACACAAAAAACAACAGAAAACAGACUACCGUACAUACUGUAUCUACUGAGACAGUUUACAAAGAGCUAUAUGAAGAAUAAUAUAAAUAUGUUGAGUUUAUAAAUGCUUUUAUGUACAGUCAUGGUUUUUGACUAAUAUAUAUAUCUAUAUAUCUUUGUAUAUAGAUAUAUAUAUAAUGUAUAUCAUGUCUAGGUGGAGAAUAUUUGUCACCAUAUGUAUGUGUUGUUACCUCAUGCUGGAUCAAGUAAAGCCAUCAUGUUUUUUUCAGUGGUACUUGUCAAAACAAUGCUGGCCUCAAAUUUGCUUAUUAUUAUUUAUUUUCCCCACGGAAAGUUGUUUAUCCAAGUCGGGAUGAAGAUAUUAAUGCAUUGGUUCAAUAAGAGUAUGUGUUCAAGACAAAGUGCACUACAUUUCUACUACCACCAGAGGCACUGUUGAUUCAGUCACAACUCAUGUGCCAUCUGAAGAACAUGAUUUCCGCUAAAUUGGCAACAACUCAGCACCGUACAACGCUGGCAUGGAAACAGGAGUUCUGGACAUUCAGAGAUUGUCCUGCCAAAUCUGCCACGCGGACAUUGUCACUUUUCAACAACCCAUUUACUAAAAGUGAAUGGGACAAGCCAAUUGUCCAAUGUUACUGCAGGUAGUAAAAGUGACCAUUUCUUGUUAAUCCGUGCAAGUACAGUAUAUAAUGUGGAUUUUAACACGGAUCAAAUAAAGCAUGAGCUUUUUUCCCAUAAUUUCGCAAGGGCAUUUUGACAUUGACCAAGGUUUUGAUUGUAUCACAUACACAGCAUGUUAAGCUUAAAACAUUGUAAAUGAAGACCACUCGACACCCAGUCGUCAAAAGUCCACAAGUCACUGGUGUAAGUGACUGACAGGAAGAAAAGCUCUAACUUGUUCAGGGGAUACAUCACUUAGUACCCCUUGCUAGUGUGUGUACUUAUUUAGAUCCCAAAUAAAAUACAUAGGAACAACUGA